UACCGACUACCGUAUAUCCGCCUUUGCAGAGGACCUCCGACCAUAUUUCGUCAUGGACACGUCCUACGACGUAAUCAUCGGUCAUUCUUUCGGGGGUGCAGUGGCAGUAUCUCUCUUGCCAUUCUUGCCUAAAAAGAAAGGAACCACCGUUAUACUCCUCGAUCCUGGCCUCGAGUUUACAGAGGAACAGAACAAGAUGAACUUAAAUCUAUUUCUAAAGGAAACGGCGAAUAUCAAGCCCGUCGACGUGCAUAUGGCUAAGAAUCCUGCUUGGUCACGCCGUGACUGCGUGUUAAGAACGCUGGGAUUCUCCAUGUGCGAUCGUACGACGGUCGAGGUUUUUCGGCAAAACAGCCCUUGGUCUUUUAAGGGCCUGCUCAAAAAUAUCCCCCCUCAUGUGGAGAUCACCGUGCUUGUGUCAGACCCAAAGUUCGGCCUUGGUAUUUGUAAGACCGAACACAUUCCUCGUGACGUGGAAAGAUUGAAUGUUAGAGCUCUUACCGGUAUCGGUCACUGGAUUCAAUACGAAUGUCCAGAUGUUAUCAUGGAUGCAAUUCCGCUACCAAGGGCAAACUUAUGAGGAAGAAAUUGUCUCUUGAGGUGUAUAUGGUUGUUGGCUACCUUUUGUAGAAUCCCUAUUCGCAUAACGUUGGGC